AUGUCGGGUAACGGUCUUCCUACGGUGCUUGCGGUGGGCACGGGCGAGUACACCACGGGCUUUGUGGGCAACUCGCAAUCGCCCUCGGACAAAAAGCUCGGCGUGGUGGGCCUGGUGAUGUUCGACCUGCGUCGUCGCGGGCUCAUCGCACCAGAGAUCAAGAUGGUCGGCACCAACGGUGACAAAUUUGCGGGCAUCCGGGAUCACUUUAAGCGCAAUAUCGAGGACAAGUAUCGCGAUCUCUCCACCGCUUUUACCUCGUACCCCGAGGCUGGGGUUCGCGAUGGCGAUGCAUACAAGGCAGCGAUUGAUUCUCUGGCGCCCGGCGAUGCGAUUACGAUCUUUACGCCCGAUUCGACGCACUUUGAUAUUGCGAUGUACGCGAUCCAACGCAAGAUCCACGUGCUCGUCACGAAGCCCGCCACCCAAACGUUGGAACACCACCAGAAGCUGGUAGAGGCAGCGGAGAAGCAGGGCGUGCUUUGUAUGGUGGAACAUCAUAAGCGGUUCGAUCCGGCGUAUGCGGAUGCAAGGGAAAGGGCGAGGAGUGGACUGGGAGAUAUGAAUUACUUCUACUCGUACAUGAGCCAGCCCAAGAAUCAGCUCGAGACGUUCAAGGCUUGGGCGGGCAGGGAUAGUGAUAUUUCGUACUACCUCAAUUCGCACCACAUCGACAUCUGUCUUUGGAUGACAGCUGGUCGUGCCCUACCCCUCCGCGUAACCGCCUCUGCAUCCCAAGGUAUCGCCACUUCGGUUGGAUGCGUCCCCGGCACGGAAGACACCAUCACGCUGCUUGUCGAUUUUGCCAUCGUGGAUUCGGACGGCAGCGCCAAGCAGGGCAAAGUGGCAACGGCGGUAUUUACAGCGAGCUGGUCGGCUCCCCAGGGAGCAGGGGUCCAUUCGGAACAGCACUUCCACUACGUAGGCGCCCACGGCGAAACGCGCAUCAACCAAGCCCGCCGCGGGUAUCAGUUCACUCAGGAGGAUCCGGCUCAGGGUGUGACGGGCGGAAGCUGCACCGACUUCAAUCCGUUUUACAUGCGGUAUACCCCCGAUGCGGAGGGGUACUUUGCAGGACAGCAUGGGUACGGCUAUCUGUCGCUCGAGAACUUUGUCACCGCUUGCACGCGCAUCAACCGCAACGAACGCAACGCAGCGCACUACGAUACCGUCCUCCCGACCAUUAGGGACACAGUGCUUACCACCGCCAUCCUCGAGGCGGGUAGAAGGAGUCUCGAUACCAAGUCGACCGUUAGCAUCCUCCUCAACGACGGAAAGUUCUCUCUCCAGUAA